UUUAACUAAUAACACACAAAUCAUUGUAUUGUUCUUGUCCAUACUGAAAACAUCAAUCAAAUAUUUACAGUGUAGGUUGGAAAAACUGGGUGCACCCCUACGUUAAUGACAUGAACAAAAGGUAACUGGAGUCAGGAGAUAUCAAACCUGGAGUUGGAUCAAUGACACCAGAUUGAAGGUGUGGGUUAAUGCAACUCUGACUUAUAAAAAACACUUAAGACUUGAGACUUUCAUCAGUCCACAGUUAGACAAACUGUCCAUAAAUGGGGAUGAUUUAGUUCUGUAGACAGUUUCUCUAGAAGUGAUGGCUCAGCUGAGAUUACUCAGGAAGCACAAUGCAGAAUUAUCAGUAAUAAAACAAAGAACAUCAGACUAACAGCUGAAGGCUUGAAUGAAGCAUUGGAGCUUGAUAACAUAUCUGUUCAUUAGUCUACAAUACACAGUCAUGGUGCAUGGUUGCAUAGAGCAGGUGGAAGCUGCUGCUCUCCAAAAGCAUCAUCACUGCACCCCUUGACUCCACACUACUGGGAAAAUGUUUUGUGGACUGAUAAAACUAAGGUUGAACAGUUUGGGAAGAACAUGCAGCACUAGGUAUGAUGGUCACUGCACACCAACAUGAAAACAUCAUCCCAGAGGUGAAGUUUGGUGGAGGGAGCAUUGUGACUUGAGCUGCUUUGCCGGGGAAAAUGAAUUAUCAAGCUGAGUGAUGCAGCAGGACAAUGACCCUAAACAUCAAAGAAUCAUGACUUCAAAGAAAAAACACCUGUUGGAUUGUUUAAUCCAACAGAUGCACCGUGGAGUGACCUGAACAGAGCCACUCAUACCCAACAUCCUAAGAAUAUGACUGAGCUUAAGCAGUUCUGUAUGAAGAACACUCCUCCUGAACACUGAGGAGUUCUGAUCAGCAGCUAAUGGAAAUGCGGCUUUGAGGUUUUUGGUGUUAAAGGAAGUUCAACCAGUUAUUAAAUCCAAGGGUUGAUUUACUUUUUAUACCAGUAUGUUAAAUGGAUGUGUUCAAUAAAUCCACAAAAGAUCAUAAUUGUUUGUGUGAUAUUAGCUUAGCUUGUCUACAUUUGUGACUUAAAUGAAGAUACGAUUACAUUUUAUGACCAAUUAAUGCAGAAAACCAGGUCAUUCCAAAGGGUUCACAUACCUUUUCCUGCCACUGUAAAUCUAAUGUAUCACAUCCUGACUAUGUUCAUUGAUGCUUAUGGUGCAAUGGCGCCCUCAUGUGGACGAGAGUAAGACAUGUAAAGGCAGUCUCGCUCUUGUAAAGGAGGACACAUGAUUUCCAUUAACUGGACACAGUUGGUUGAUUUCAAAUUACUAACAACUGUCACACUUUUCUUAAUUUCUUCUUAUUACUACACUUAUCAUUUUAACAGCAGAAAAAACGCUUCCAAAUGAAGGUUGCUGACCCAUCCAAAUAGCUCAUACAAUAAACAAAUGACAAGAUCCAUCUGUGUUGCUUUUGUAUGCUUCAAAUGUUGUAUUUCCUGUUUUAUUUGUAAUAAUUCUUAAAAUACCAUUGCUGUAAUGACUGAUUUUGAGUUAAAAAAAUCCCUAGCAUCAAUAUCUCUUAACCCCGCAAGAAAAACCUUUUUGUAAUGACCACUAAUUCACAGACAUUUACACAAAUUAGACAUCAUACCACAUUCAAUAUGAAAUUCAUAUGUCGUACUGUGCACAUUAUGCUGAGUUUCUCUAAUUGGCCCUGUGAGGCUCUGGUCUACGCACAUCUUGUCAGCUGGGGACAGCAGCUGUCAAUCAAACAGCAUCUUUAUAACCAGCCACAGAAGCUGCAUCAUUGCUUCUCGGGAUAUAUCCAGAGACAGAGAGGAGCUCCACUUUGACUACUGAUUGUCAAUCGAUACAUUCUCCGAGACGAUUAUUGUAACAGGUUUAGAUGUAGAGUGGACAUUUUUAUAGACAUAUUUUGCCAAGCCUGUCUUUACACUGCUUCUGUGUUUUUGGAAAUCUUCUACCCAGAACCUUUUCUCAUCUCCUGGCUGCCUUUGACUUUUUCUAAUAUCAGACCACCAUCUUUCAGGAGAGGAUGGAUAAGUUGAGUGGGAACAAUAUGACUGUUCUGAACAGCUCCAUAGACAAAUGGUCCUUCAAUGAACGAGGCUCGUUCUAUCACCUGAACCCUGGGGAGCUGAGGGUCCUGGUGCCAGCUAUCCUGGGAGUCAUCUGUAUCUUAGGUGUGGCUUGUAAUCUCACUGCGAUGGUAAUCUUGUUCUCAAAUUCACAUAAGGGCAAACUGUCUCUCAUCAACUCCCUCAUCUUCAACCUGAUGUUUGCUGAUGGGCUGGUGCUCGCGUUUGCCAUGCCUUUCAGGGCUGCUUCCUAUUCCAGAGCCAGCUGGAAUCUGGGAUGGUUGGUGUGCAAGACGGCCGACUGGUUCCUCCAGUCCUGCAUGGCUGCGAAGAGCUUCACAGUGGCAGUCAUGGCCAAAGCUUGCUACCGCUACGUGUCCAACCCCACCAAGCAAGUGAGCAUCCACCUGGGCUCCAUCCUGGUAGUGCUCUUUUUCAUCUGGCUGUCCGCCUGCUCUGUCACCAUCCCUCACUGGCUCUUUACUACACUGCAGAGAAAGAUACGCGGGGUAGUGUGUGUGCUGAUGGUUCCUCCUGAAGCCCGGAAUUUUAUGACUGUGUACGUCAAAGCAUAUCCCCUAGGGGUGUACUGUGCACCUCUCAGCUUUUCCCUGAUGUAUUUCUGGAGGGCUUAUGGCCAGUGCCAGCGCCGCUCCAGUAAGACUCAGAAUCUACGUACACAGAUCAGAUCCAGGAAGCUCACCUUGAUGUUAUUCAGCCUGACUGUGGCUAUGGCUAUUCUCUGGCUUCCUCAGUGGGUGGUGUGGGUUUGGGAGCGUCAUAUAGCAGAGAAAGAAAUUGAAGGAGCUCAGCCUCUCCUCUCCGCUCCUCCUCUUCUUCUAACCCUCUCAGCUCAGCUGCUCACCUUCUCUCUGUCGCUAGUGAACCCUCUCAUCGUCCUCUCCCUCUCCGAGGAGUUCAGAGAGGGCUACAGGGGGCUGUGGAGGCGCCUCACCCUGCGCAAACAACCUCCACAGAAGCCAAAGCCCGGACCUCACAACCCUACCACUCUACAGUCGCCUUGUCCUAGACCAGAGACCUCAGGCCAGCUGAGAGGGGAGAGGAGCCUUCGAUCAAGCUCCAGCCAGGUUCCCAGCAGAGACGCUCAACUCCAGCCAGAACAAGGUGGAGGGGGAGGAGGGGGAGGAGGAGGAAGAGAAGCAGACAGGGUAAGUCUCAAAGAUGGGAUUGUCUUGCCUGAUGUGGAGCAGUUCUGGCACGAGAGGGAGACAGGAUCGAACACAGAGGAAAAUGAUCCUGUGCCGUGGGAGCAUCAGAGCAAAGAGGGCAAAAAAUAACAACCACCUCCCAGCUGAUCACAGCAGCUUCAUCAACAAACCUCAGUUGAAUGGACUGGUCAGUGCUACAUCACAAUUCAUUGGUAUUCUGUCAACGGGUUUAUGAUAUUAUUCAAAGGGGAGAAGGGAAAAGAGUGUGGAAACAAGUGUGGACUACAAAUAGAGCAGUACCAUCUGUAUAUAACAAACUUUAGAAUAAUGUAUUUUUGUUGUUUGAUGAGGACAAACUAGAUUAUAUUAUAAUAAUGUGAACUGGUGGAUGUAUAUAUAUAUACGCACACACACACACACACACACACACACACACACACAGUAGAUGUAUAUAUAUUUUCAGUGAAUAAUAAUGAAUAAGUAAGUUGCUGAUUUCUUGACGUAUUUGGACAUGAUAUUUUUAAAAGGGAUGCUGAAAGAAAAUCUCGAUUUCCUCAAUGUUUUUCAUUUUGUAAUUUAAAAAUGACAUCUUAAUUGGAUGUACAGUAAAUGUUAGCCUUAAACCUUAAAUGUGUUUGGCACUCAUGUGCAACCUUUUUCGGUAUUGUAUAUACCCUUUAAGUAUUUCAAGGUGAUGUGAAAGUCUGCAGUUUUCAUGUGAAAGUGAAAAAACUGUUUCCUGUCAUCUUUCUGUGAGAGAGACUAUUUUGUAAUCAUUGUGCACCUGAAUGACCAGUGUUAA